AUGGGCUACGAGCAACUGGAAGGCAUCGACUAUAGCGAAACCUUCGCCUCAGUGGUCAGGCCAGAAAGCUACAGAACAAUUUUUGCCAUAGCCGCCGCUGAAGACCUAGAGAUCGAGCAAAUGGAUGUCAAGACCGCUUUCCUCUACGGGGAUAUCGACGAAGAAGUCUACCUCGAGCAGCCAGAGGGCUUCGAAGACGGCACUGGCCGCGUCUGCAGGCUCAAGAAGGCCAUCUAUGGGCUCAAGCAGGCGCCUCGCAUCUGGUUCCAGACCAUCGCCAAGUUUCUUGAGACACUAGGCUACAGGCCCAUUGCGGCAGACGUCAGCGUCUUCGUCCGCGGCAAGAGCAUCAUCGCAAUCUACGUCGACGACCUACUUCUCACUGGAGCCUGUCCUCGGAGGUCCAACGGAUCAAGGAUGCCCUCAGCAAACGCUUCCAGAUGA